GAAAACAUGGAUCAAGAGAAUCAUAGUAUGGUGACUGAAUUUCAUUUCUCUGAUUUCCCUCAAUUUGAUAAUGGUGGCCUUUUAUUCUUCAUCCCUUUAUUCUUUAUUUAUGUAUUCAUCAUUGUUGGAAAUUUUAUGAUCUUCUUUGCUGUCCGGCUAGAUACUCGUCUCCAUAAUCCCAUGUACAAUUUUAUCAGUGUCUUCUCCUUCCUGGAGAUUUGGUACACAACAGUGACCAUUCCAAAGAUGCUCUCCAACUUAAUCAGUGAACAGAAGACCAUCUCCUUCAUUGGCUGCCUUCUGCAGAUGUAUUUCUUCCAUUCACUUGGGGUCACAGAAGCCCUAGUCUUAACAGUGAUGGCUAUCGACAGGUAUGUUGCCAUAUGCAACCCCCUCCGUUAUGCAGUGAUUAUGACCCCUCGGCUGUGCAGUCAGCUCUCCACUGGCUCAUGCAUCUUUGGAUUCCUUAUGUUACUGCCAGAGAUCGUGUGGAUUUCCACCCUUCCCUUCUGUGGCCCUAACCAAAUCCAUCAACUCUUCUGUGACUUUGAACCUGUGCUGAACUUGGCAUGUACAGACACAUCCAUGAUUAUUAUUGAGGAUAUAAUCCAUGCUAUUUCUAUCCUGACCUCUGUCUCCAUCAUCACCCUUUCCUAUUUACGAAUCAUCACUGUGAUCCUGAAGAUUCCAUCAGGUGAGAGCCGUCAGAAGGCAUUCUCCACUUGUGCAGCCCACAUUACAAUUUUCUUGCUCUUUUUUGGCAGUGUAGCUCUCAUGUAUUUGCGCUUCUCUGUCACUUUCCCACCACUACUGGACAAGGCCAUUGCACUGAUGUUUGCUGUCCUUGCUCCAUUUUUCAACCCUAUAAUCUAUAGUCUGAGGAACAAAGACAUGAAAGAUGCCAUUAAGAAAAUCCUCUGUUCUCAAAAGUUGCUCAAUGUCUCUAGAAGUUAA